CAGACGAAAAAGUUGACGGAAGAGGCUGACCUCAAGGUAAUCCACGACGCUCGUUGCGAGAGUUUGAAAAUGGCAAAGAAAGUGUUUGCAAAUCAGUUAGUGACAAUAUUUCUAAUAAUUCGUUCAGCGUACUAUUGCGAAAGUUACUGUUUAUCUAAGAUUGCAGCAGGUUUGAGGCACCCCAUGACAGCAAUUCAAUUGCCAGGCAGGAGCGGAUGCAUUCUUGUUGCCGAACACCGCGGUCUUACCAAAGUGCUGUGCCGAGACGUCGGUGAUACCAUGCGUGAUUACAUGUUUCUUGAUAUUACGGAUCGUGUCUUUACUACUGCUGAGCCUGGCGACGAAAGGGGAUUGCUCAGUCUUGUAGCCGCUCCAAACUUUCCGGACGAAAACCACGUGUACCUCUGCUACAGUGCACCUGCAAAAGCACCAGAUGAAGAUCACAGGACAGUGGUUUCAAGAUUUGAUGUAAAUGAUGAAAACAACCAGUAUAUGAAGGCUUCUGUUGACAGUGAACUCGUGAUACUCGAGAUCAGCCAACCAGGGCCUCGCUACAACGGUGGACAGCUUCUCUUUGGGCCCGAUGGCUUCCUUUACAUCGCCACUGGAGAAGGCGGGGACGGCAAGGACGACCGUUUCAAUUUAAGUUCUCUUUUGGGCAAAGUACUUCGCAUUGACGUGAGAGGCUCUGGAGCCCGACACUACAGGAUCCCCGCUGACAACCCUUUCCAAGGACAAUCGUCGAGGCCCGAGAUAUUCGCAUACGGAUUCCGGAAUCCCUGGCGGUGCACGUUUUACUCGACUCCGAGGUUCAAGAAACUGAACUACCUGACCGGUCUGCUCUGCGGAGACACUGGUGUCGAACCCCACCGAGUGGAAGAGGAAGUCUACUUGGUGCAACCCGGAAAGCGUUACGGCUGGAUGGACCUCGAACACUCUCCGUGUCGUAGUGUAAAUGCCUGCUCGGAAAUAGAACCGAACAUCCGAGCAGAUGAUGCCCUUCCCGUAUUCACGUACGCAAGGUCCGAUGGCCAAGCCAUAGUUGGAGGAAUUGUGUACACGGGAGAUUCUAUGCCUGAGCUUCGUGGGAAGUACUUGUAUGCCGACUUUGUUCACGGGUCACUUCACACGCUGCAGCCUCACGAAUCAGUCACUCCGUGGGUCUCCGAAGACUUGCCCAUUCAAUUCUGCAGCGAAGCCAGAAGCACUCCGUUCUUUAUUCUGAGCAUCGCUGAAGACAGAAAGGGUGAGCCUUUGGUGAUGACCACGACAGAUUUGAGCAACGAAUCUCCUCAGGGUGUUAUCUACCGCCUUUCUCCCCACUCUUUUAUGGCCACAGCGACCGCUGGAAGCGGAGCAAGAAAAUACGAGGCAGCGAUAUACCACCUUCAUUUAUUGUUCUUCACUGUCAACAUACUCAAUGCCCGAAAACUGAUUUAGCAUGAAAGGCGCUCGAACAGUGAUAAUUUGCGUUGCUCCUGAAGAAAGGAAGCACGUUUUUUUUCUGCAUCUUCCUGGUUUAGGACUGGAAAACCUGAACGGGCCGAUGUUCCAGAGCUGUUGCGAGCAGGCAUAUCGACUUCUACAGUUGAGGUCCCACCUCCGCUUCACGGCGAUUGGCGGAAAUCCGCAGACGCACAGCGCGUGCGCCGAGGAGGCAGUAAAAAUAAAGCCGAAAGUCCAGCAAUAUGUAAUUCCCUUUUAUUCGACGUCUACAUUAUGUCAACUUAACCUAAAGUGUGAUAAAGGUGUAAAGUGUAAUAAAGGCAAAAAUGUGAAGAAAAAUGAA